UGAUACAUCGAAAGAUGAUUAUGGUAAUUACAGAGCAGCAGUGUCAGUUGCCUCUGAAUCGUAUAAAAAAUUUCCUAUACCUCAAAGUAAUACUUACAAGUUAAUGACGUCACAUGCAGAGGUAGUAUCACGCACCAGUGAAAGUCAAAAUUACAAACAAACAUCAAGUCCUGUGCCUCAGAACAGUUACAGUGUAGCAUCAUCAUCUGUGUGUGGUGAAGCAUUUAGUCGAACACCAUUAUUGCAUGAUAAAUUCAAGCCUCAGUCGUCAUCGCAGUUUGAUUUGUAUCACUCGGCACCAGGAAUUGUACGAAGUGAUGUCUACAGGACGAGCCAGGAGAGUCAUGCGGCUGAUAUUCCACCUUUGGAUCAGUGUGGCCAUUUUAAGCCAGACUUUCAUGCAAAUCAAAAGGAACAAUUCAAACAGAAUAUAGUCACAGAAAAACAUAGUAAUGGCAAACAUUUAAUUACAUCAGAUGGAGUCAAUAGUUAUAAUGCAAAUGUGGCUUCGUCAUUCAAGCAAGAUAGUUACAGAUUCUUAGCUGUUUCCUCUCAUUGUGAGCAGGCUUCUAAGCCUGGACCAACUUGUCUCAGUCUUGACAAUUACAAGUCAGUUCUGAGAUCAAACAAGGUUGAGAAUUACAGAAAAGUUCAACAUUCUUAUCAGCCAGAGAUCUACAAGAGAGGACCGACAUCAGUGGCCUGUGAAACCCACAAGUCUACUCCAAGUUCUGUUCAGUACAACAGCUGCAAACCAGUAUCAAGUAUGCCUGGAGAGGGCACCCUCUCAACAAACACUCACUCAAGGGCUCCUGUAAAUUGGAUGACUACACCUGAUACACGUUGCAGUACACAGCAGAUAUCUUCAUUAUUCUUCCCACCUGCUACAUCUAGUCAAAUGCAAACACAGAAUAAUACGCCUCUUCCAUCAUCAGCACUUUUCCCAUCACAGUGUGGCCAUGUGAAUGGCCAAACAGCUACAGCAACAACAUUAUUUACGUCAGUUCCUAGUCAGACGAGUCAGCCUGUUAUAUUACCACCUGUAACCUCAUCCCUAUUCCCUCCAGUAACUUGUAAUCACAGAGAAACUGCUAGUAGCACACACAGUUUAUUCCCUCCUCCUGUGUCCAGUGGCACUUACAAUAUCAAUGGAAAUUCUAUGACAUCAAACAUUUUCACUCCAGCUUCGAGUCGUGCUAGCAGUUUCCCUCAGGUGCAAUCUUCUAUUUUUCCUGCCACCAGUAUUACUACAGGCAACCAAUCAUCUUUGUUGUUUCAAUCCACCACAAGCAAUCUGUUGGGACAGGAUAAUGUCAGUAUACCACCAAUGCUCUUGACAACUUCUGCCAGUCAUGUAGGCCAGAGUGGAAGUAGCUUGGCACCUCUUCUUACGUCCGUUGCUGCCCGUGGUUCAAACCAGUCUUCUGUUGGCGUACCAUCCAUUAAUACAAUGUCUGUAACUCACCAGAAUUCCACUGAUCGGCCACUUGCUGGCAUUCCACCAGCACUUCUCCCGACAUCUUCUGAUACCUGUGGUAAAUCUCUUAGCUUGCAGCCACCAUUACCGUCGACAGUAAAACCGGUCUCGGGAGGCACGCAUUUAGGUACCUUGCCUCCGAACACUGCUUCACAUUUAUUUUCACGUGAUGCCGGUAACAGCUUUUGCUCUGGAACAAUAUUUCAAUCAUUUCCAUCAUCAGGACCUACUGUCCAUGACAGUUCACCAUCAGUUUUAUUGAUGUCUGGUUCCAACGUCAUGGGAGAUGCAGCUUCAUCAUCACUCUUCUGUCCACCCCAUGUGACGGCAACCAACAGUGAUUUCUCAUCAGGCUCAGCACCAUUCUUCUCGUCAUCACUAAUUCCUACUGCAUCAUCAGUGGCCAGCAUAUCAGGUCAGAAUAACAGUUGUCUGCCCUCUUCUGUACCCUCAACAUUGCUGUCAACUAACACUUCAUCAGGCAAUAGGCAACGAGACUUAAACCUAUUCCCUGGGCCACCACUGCCACCAACUCAGCACAGCUACUGCCGUCCAUCCGGUCCGAAUUUUCCCGGUCUACAAGAAUCUGGUGGUGCCAGCUCAUCUGCUGCCACACCUCCAAGACCUUGCUUUCUGUCUGUCAGCCAGUUGGUGGAAGGAAGUGGUAGUGGAAAAAUUGGGGCGACUCGGAACUCAAGGCGCCGCUCUCGUCGACCUCCGCCACCCUGGGUGUCUGGCUCGUCUGCCCCGGGGAACUUGUAUCAGAAUGUUUCACACUCCCAGCAGUCACUGGCUCAGCCAUCAAGCAACAAAACAGUACAGCAAUUAUGUGGGCGCCAGCCCAGGCCACGAGUCAUUCCGUCUACAUCAUCAGAGCUUGUGGACCUGGGCGGCCUCUUGGGUUCGCCAUUGCUCGCUGAAGAUCAGCCGCCGACCAGUCAGCGCCCUUCCUCACCACCAACAUCUGUCAACUCUCUGACAAAUUUUAACCUCAGCACAAUAUUUCCUGAGAUAGACAAGCAGCAGCAACAGCAGCAGCAGCAGUCAGCAGCAGGAUACCCAAAGCCUACGACUAUGGUGCCUGACACUCAGCAACGAGAAUUUCCACAUCCACCAUCAACAUUUGGCAAUGUUUUGAUGUCACCUGCUCAAAUAUGUCGAAUGCAAUGGCCUUAAUCUCAUGUUAUCUAAAGACUGCAGGUCUGAGGAAUAAGCUGUGUUAUCUGAAUUGCUGCUUGUGAGCAGUGUGAUGCAUUUGUGGAUUUGGUAAGAAGACUGAGUGGGGCAGUCAUGGAAUAUCUGUUAUACUGUGCCAUUGAAGGUGAUGCAAAGGGCUGUUUAUGUAUAAUCAUCAUUGUACGUUACAUCAGUAUGAAACUAUUUUCUCGACAGAAGAUUAACCAUGGAAAGGUCAGCCACAGUGGUUGAAGUAAAGUGAUGAUGUGAAGAUUUUCGAGUCUGAAAAUAAUCAAAGACUGGAUAAGGCACUUCGCAUUGAGGACUGGAUUUGUGCUGCAAUAUCAUUUUCUGUUGUUAUGUACUGUUUGCACUACAGAACACUGUGAGCUUUUGAUAUUACUCCUUCCCCCCCCCCCCCCCCCCUCCCCAAAAAGAAAAAAAAGGCAAACUGCUUGAGAAAUGUGACAGAUAUGAAUAAUGGAUAACAGGUGUAAAACAAGCAGAAGAUGAGCAAAAUAGAUGGUUAAUUGCACAUGAAGGAAAAUCUGGUUUAGGAAUUUGAUUAACAAGAACUAAGCUAUUUUGCACCAUUAAAAGAGUCCCACUACUGUCCUGUUAUCUUACAAUUAUUAAAAUGUUGUUUUGCCUAUUUCUUGAACUUUUAGAACUUCCUUCCUCUUGACCUUUUUAUUUUUUUAAUAUUUAAUAGAUAGGAUUUUUAAGAAAAAGUAUUUACUACUUACUGUUUUUGUUCUUUCUUCCUCUGUUGUGUAUCUCUUUCAGUUUUUAACUGUAUCUCACAAAUAUAUUAAGGAAGCAUCUUUCUCCUUAUGCUGUGUAGCCUAAGUUCUAAACUUUUAACAUUUACAUGUGGAGAUGUUAUAAGAAGUAAGAACCGUUAAAUGGAAGUGCAUUUUCCCACAUAGUAUUUCUGUCCUAAUUCAGAAUAGGCAUAAACGGUUUUAAGAGAUCAGUUAUCACACAACAGUACCUGGGAUGUUGAGCUUUUGUGACAUUCACGAGAAGUGCUUAUUCAAAAGAAUGAUGUCAGUAGUGCAUUCAGCCAUAAUGUUCUUUGUUGAAAUUGUAAUAGAUAUGCACAUUGACUCAAAAAAUUGAAAAACUAUAAAAAUUGGAAGCACUUCAGCAUAUUUCCAAAAUGAUGUAAAACUCUAUAUGUAUAACUUGCUUCAGUGACACUGAGUGGUGUUCAGUGAUGGAUAGAGUUUACCCUGAAACAGAAAAACAUUGGGAAACUAGGCAGCAAUGUUUCAUCUCUCUCUAUCCCCUUCUCCUGCCCUCUCCUCUAUCUCUCUCUCUCUCUCUCUCUCUCUCUAGGACCAAGAGGAAAUGAAACUUACUAACAAAAAUAAAUAUACAUCUUUAGAUAAAACAAAGGGGAAAUUAUAUAGUUUUGCCUAAACCUCUACAGCCACGUUUACUCUGAGAUAAAAACAUGUUACUGUGUGCAACAUCGUUUCACCAAGGUCUGCAACAUUUUUUCACCAAAGUCUGCAACAUGUUGGCAACAAUGUUUGCUGUUUGUAUCUCCAUCUACACUAGUGACAAACAUUUUUACAUAUGUGUUCAUGUCAUCUGCUAUGCUGAACUGGCAGCAACAUUCCACAUCGUGUAUUCACACCAAGAGCUAUGCUGUGGCAAAGUGAAGAGGAUGAAUAAAUGAUACAAGGGUUGGAACUUUAAUAGUGGUAACUAUUUGUUUACAGCUCAUACAAAAUAGAUAUGUGUUUCAAAGUUUUACUGACCUUCAAAGUAGUCCCCAGCAUUGUGUAUAACCCAUUGCCAGUGAUGUGGAAGUCGUAGGAUACUCUUAGCAGUGCCCUGCAAAAUGAUGGUGAGGUCCUGCAGAAAGUGUCAUCGCUUCUGUCUCUAAGCUGGUCGUAGGUUGCGUUCCAAAAAAUGAACAGCAUAGAGAAGUGAUGACACUUCCUGCAAGACCUGGCCAUCAUUUUGCAGGACAGUGCUCAAGCACAUACAGUGCAAACUGUUACUGAUUUGUUUGACUGAUGAGGCUGCUAAGUGCUAUACCACCUACUGCACUCCCCUGACUUAAGCCAUUGUAAGUUCAACUCGAUUUCUAAACUGAAGGAAGCACUUCACGGCAUUUGCUUCAGAACUACUACAAAGUCGUCGGGCAAUAGACCGCGCCGCUCGAACUGUCAACACAACUGGCACUGCUAAGAGUAUCCUACAACUUCCACAUUGCUGGCAACGGGUUAUACACAAUGCUGGCGACUACUUUGAAUGUCAGUAAAACUUUGAAACACAUAUUGAUUUUGUAUGAGCUAUAAAUAAAUAGUUUCCACUAUUAAUGUUCCAACCCUCGUAUGUGGUGUUGUGUAGCUAACACUCAGCAAAAUAAGCGGAUGACGGAAAAACACAUGAUUGGUGGACAGAAGCAUUGUAGAAGGCGGGGUGCAGGGAUGACAUGCACAAGCUGAAUUUGGAGGACAGAUCUGCUUUUCAUAACUUCACUAGGAUGUUGACAUCUGAUUUUGAAAUUCUAAUGAAUAUUAUAGGGUCACUUCUUUCAAAGGAAGACACAAUGUCUGAAAAGCAACUCCUGUGAAACAAAGAUUUGCUGCUACUCUUCCUUUUUGGCAGCAAUAAAGUCCUAUCAAAACCUUGCAUAUUUAUUCCCAUUUAAAACCCUGCCAUACCUCAAACAAUGGGUUCUCAAGGCUGGAAUAUCACAAUAUUAAGAAAAGAUAAAUUGCUACUCACUGUAAAGAUGACUCGUUGAGUUGCAGACAAGCACAAUGAGAAUUCUGUUACAGAUUUAGCUUUUGGCCAAAACAGUCUUCACAAAAGAAGACACACAUUCACACAAGCAGGCACACUUCACACACACUUGAUGGUCAGCUCCAGUAGUUCAGACCAAUAUGUCAUAUCUUAAAUAGUUCCUGGAGUUUGUCAAGCUGUGGUUGAAGGAUUAUGUAAACAUAAUUCAGUUAUGUAAUAGCACUGAAACAUGUGUUUCAUUGAUAAUAGAUUUAUUUUUAAACAUUUAGAUUUAAAUUAUUCCAAAUCAUUAUCAUUUUCAACAAACAGAAUUUCUUCCAUUCCAUUGUCACUGGCUGUCCCAACAAAUAUGACAGGAUUCUGUAGUUGAUGAUUCCCUUAACUUACCCAUGUUCACUACUGACUCCUCCCUUCUGCACAAAUUCACUUGUGCCUUGGUGACUAUGUCAUAUAUUUUUUAAAUUAUUAUUUUGUGUGUGUGUGUGUGUGUGUGUGUGUGGUUGGUGGGGUAGCUCAUGUAAAUUCCUGGCAACAGACUUCCCAGAGUGACUGAUUGCAUCGUGCUUCCACUGUUGUGUGGCUGCAGAACAUCCUGCAAUAUUCUUGUUACCACACCUCCACCCUCUCACCCAUUUUUGUGAAGGGUCUUAUGUGCCAGUUCAUCUGGACUCUUUUUCAGUUGUGUCUCUUGUUUCAUUUGGUUCCUGAAUACCAUCCAGGGACCAUAAAUAAUUGGAAACAAACCACUUUAGUUUAUACCAAGAUUCUGUACCACUGUCAGAUUUCUUGGUCUCUUCAAUUUUUCUUUCCUUGUAUCUGUACUGAGGUACAAGAGACUUCAGUUUUUUUCCACAUCACUACUGCUGUUGCUAAGCGAAACUGUGAUUUUCUGUAGUAUGUCCUGUUUCAUUUUAGUAUUUUUAUAACGGGCACUAUAUGCAUUCCAGUGGCUGCCUCAUCAUGUGUGACAUGUUUGUGUAUCUUGUUUCUUGUCUUCUCCAUUUUCAAAGUGCGACAUGACAUGCAACACAGUGCAAGGAAACGUGCAACACUACACAAAAUAGUACAGAACAUAAACAAAGACUAGCACUGUAUAGUGACAUUUAGUGGUAGCAGACCAGAAAUAGUGUUUCCUUUGAUCUGUACUGACAUGGCCAUUGGAACACACUUUUUGCAUUUGCAACAUGUUGCAAACAUUGUUGCAGAACAUGUUACAAACUCAUUGUAAACGCGACUCAAUAUAAAAGUUCCAUUGAAGUGACGAUUUAUUGUUCCUUUGCCCUAAUUGAUAUCACCAGGGUGUACUUGUUUAUUAGGUAUUCCAAAAUAUGAAACCUAUAUACAUUCAGUUUAUUUGGUAUUAACAGACAAUAUAACCUGAAGCUCAUUCAUGUCACGAAUAUUUUUACAAAUAAUAUAUUGCUGCACUUAAAACUGUGUAUGCAAGUCAUCUGUAAUGAAAGUGGAUUCUGUGAAAAAUACUAUGUUUUUGUGUGUAAUAUUAUUUCCUAUUUUUUAGUCAAUCACAGUAGCAUAAACUUGAUUUUGAAUUACUGGUCUGUGCAGCUGUAAAAAAGAAAAGAAAAAAGAAAAACCCUGAUGAAUCAGGAUUAUUUUCCAUACAGAUCUGAUACAAGAUGUGUUAUCUUUUUUUCCCAUCUUUCUUAUUAGUAAAGAUGUAAAUUACCAAUGCUAUGCAUUGUCUGUCUGUGUAUUUUACAAAUACAGUGUAUGUAUGUGUGUGUAAAUAAUUUCUUAACUGCAGUUUACUAUGUAAAGAACAUAUAGAAAUGAAAACUUAAUUAUAAUAUUUUCUGAUCUUUUAUAUUUAAAUUCCAGAGUGUUGCAAAAAUAUGUUAACAAAUCUAAUAAAAGAGUCGUUCUUCAUUUGUUUUAUUGUAUGUCCUCAUGAAGUGAAAUGAUUGGAAUGUUAUGCUUUCAUCUUCCAAUUUCAGAGUAAAACUGGAAAAAUACUA